AUGCCCAGCCUGUAUCUAGAUGCUCGUGAAUACCUUACUUGUAUCGGGUUUCUGAUGAACGACCUGAUGCCAAUUCCGGCGGAUGACCAAGCCGAAUCGACUUGCAAUGAUCUCGUCAAAGCGACAUGCGAAUCAAUAAAUGCCGGGUUAUUAGAGGAUGAGGCACGCUCCGAAUUCUACUUGAGUCGCAAAGCUUUCUUGACGGACUACGGACACACCUGUCCUGUCUGCCUCUUGUCCGACCUAGCAAGAGUAAUGGUGCGUGAUUGGCUCACUACAAGGGAUUGCACUGAAAUUACUGAUAUGAUUCGCGAUCUAGAUGUAAUUAAAUAA